GCGGAACUGAAGAUGAUGAGUGGAAUGUUUCCGGUCGGAUCGAAGGUGAACGGACCGCCGGACCGGAAGUCUGUUAGGUGGUCGAGGGGCGCGGUAAUUGUUGCGUCGGCUUGAGAGAGGCGGGAUGGGCCGAAGCCGUUCUAGGUCUCCGCCUCGCAGGGAACGUCGGCGCUCUAGAUCCACCUCACGAGAGAGAGAGAGGAGGCGGCGGGAAAGGUCAAGGUCCCGAGAGAGAGAUAGGAGGAGAAGCCGUUCCCGUUCACCACAUAGGAGGAGAUCAAGGUCUCCCCGGCGACACCGAUCCAGCUCCCCUUCACCUCCCCGACAAAAAGAAAGAAAUGAUGAAAAAAAAGAAACCAAAGACUCCAAAGGCAAAGAGCGUCAGAUCACAGAAGAAGAUCUCGAGGGUAAAACAGAGGAAGAAAUAGAAAUGAUGAAAAUGAUGGGCUUUGCAAACUUUGACACAACGAAGGGCAAGAAAGUGGAAGGCUCUGUAAAUGCUUAUGCUAUAAAUGUAUCCCAGAAGAGGAAGUACAGGCAGUACAUGAACAGGAAAGGUGGAUUUAACAGGCCUCUGGACUUUAUUGCCUGAUACCUGCAAUUAUAACACAUGAAAAGACUUUACUCCCAUCACUGUGUUGUCUUAGCAGCAGUACCUGUGGCAAUUGGGAAGAGUCUGUGAAAAUGACUUUUAUCUCAUAAGGGGAGAUGGUAAUGUUUUUGGCUUUUUGUUCUUCUCAAAAUGGCUUCCACACAUAUUUCUCUUUUUUGUAGAUUUCCAUUUUUAAAUCUUGCAAGCUAAAAUUAAAAGGAAAAAAGAA